UCCUCUGCCACCAGCGGCGUCCUAGGGGCCGACUCUGCCCCCGCCAUCUGCCCCUUCGCCACCAUCAACAUCAAGCUCCACGUCCCCAUGACCCUUGAGUUGAAGCCCUCCAACUUCACCAAGUGGUCGACGGCGUUUCAGGCCACGUGUGGGAAAUUCGGGCUGCUGCGUCAUCUCGCCACCGCCUCCACCUCGCGCCCCACCGACGAGGCCUGGACGCAGGCUGACUUCUGCGUCCGCGGAUGGAUGUACAGCACCGUCUCCGACGCUGUCCUCAACCUCGCCAUGACCGACAACACGCAGACGGCGAGCGCCCUUUGGACGGCCAUCAGCGCUGUAUUCCAGGCGAACAAAGCUCCUCGCGCCAUCUUCCUGAAUCACGAAUUCCACUCGAUGACUCAGGGGGACCUGUCCAUUGACGCCUACUGCAUUCGCAUGAAGGAGAAGGCCGACGAACUGCGCGACGUCGGGCAGCCCGUAUCUGAGCCCAACCUCGUCCUCAAUCUGCUGCGCGGGCUCAACGAGGUCUACUCCACCGUCACCGACACCAUCGCCGGAAAGCAGCCCCUCACCUUCGCCGACGCCCGGCACCAGCUCCUUCUCAAAGAACUGCGUCUGCACAACGAGGAGAAAGUGCGCGCCACCACCGCCCUCCUGGCUGCUGCCUCCUCUCCUGGUGGUAACCAGCAGCAGCAGCAGGGCAGCAGGCGGCCUAACACCAAGAAGGGCGGCCAGCAGCCCUUCCCAAACUCCUACGGCGGCUUCUCCAACACCUCCGGCAGCACCAGCACCAACAAACGCGUUCCCUGGGGCUUCAAUCCCUGGACCGGCGAACGUGUGGCCCCUGGAGAGCGCGUCACCCCUCCUGGACAGCGCCGCCAAGGAGGUCUUGGCGCCCCUGGAGGUCCUGGUGCCCAGGCUGGGCGCAACCAGAGCAUCCUCGGGCCUUCCCCGCAGGCCCACACCGCCUUCGCUCCGCUCCAGGCGUCCUCCGGCGGCUCCAACACCUCCACCAGCACCUGGGAUGCAGCCGGCCUCAUUGCUGCUCUGCAGCACAUGCAACUGCAGGGCAACUCGCCCUGGGUCGUUGACUCCGGCGCCUCCACGCACAUGACGUCCUCGGAUGGAUCUCAGGACGGGACGCGUGAUUCUCCGCUGUAACAGCGACGGGGACCUAUACACCAUGCCUGCCGGCACACCUGUCGCCCCAUCUCAUGCUUUCUUGGCUGCUUCGUCGACACUGUGGCAUCAACGUCUCGGCCAUCCAGCCCCUGCUGCAUUAGAACGUCUUAAUAAAAUUCAUGUUGUUUCCUGUAAUAAAGUGGACCGCUCCCUAUGUCACUCAUGUCAGUUAGGCAAGCAUACGCGUCUACCCUUCAGUUCCUCGCAUUCCAUAACUCAUGCACCCUUUGAACUUGUUCACUGUGAUGUAUGGACUUCCCCCAUCAACAGUCUGUCUGGUUUUUCA